UGGUGGAGGCUGUUUACCUGGAAUACGCCCGUCUACUGGCCAACCUAGGACUGAGGGCACCUGCCGAGUUCUACUGAUAGAAAGCCGGCGAUAAGGGGAGGCAAUUCAAAGAGGAAGUCAUUCUCUUUACCUAAAAAUUGUACCAUGUCUGUCAAUGAUGAAGAAAAAGUGAAGUGAUGGUCCUUGUUAACUGACAGUAAUAGAGAGAAUAUUUUCUAACAAACGGUUAAAGAUGAACAUAAGUCUGGAACGUCAUGAAUGAAACUACCUAUAAUUGUCAUCACAUAGCAACCGUUCAGACAGCCUGUACCAAGCUUCAAUAACUUCCAAGUUCCCUGCAUCACCGUCGACAACUUGGCUUCUGAUUUCAUGGAUGAGGAGUUUGACAGUGGAUACCACAGUCUCAUUGACAAUGCCUCCAUCAAUUCCAGUGGCUCCAUUUCUCCUAACUCUAGUGCCAUGGACCAACUGCAACAGAAGUUUCUUGAGGAUUCCAGCCUGAAAAAUGAGUGUUCUAACUUUGAUGAUCUGUGUGUGUACGAGUCCAUCAUGGAUAGUUGUUCAAAACCCUGUGAUGUUUUAGAGGCCAGGAACGUGUCGUCUGCUGUCAUUGUGUCAUCUGCCAUCAAGUUUAAGCACUCCAAACACCAGUGUCCUGUGUGCGGGAAGACCUACAGAGGAAACACCAACUUGAACUAUCACAUGGCUACCCACACCGGCAUCCGGCCUCACAAAUGUUCCAUCUGCGGCAAGGCCUUUACCCAGAAGUCCACUCUGCGCACACACUUCCGGAUUCACACAGGCGAGAAACCGUAAAAGUGCUGGACCUGCACCCGUGCAUUUGCGGACUACUCCACCUGCAUGAAGCAUGAGCGGACCCAC